CCAGUCCUGUAUACGCCUUUAUUUGCCAGUUAUAUGAGAUGGUGGGUCCUGGGUGAAUAACCAGUGCGGCUGUGGAGCAGACCCUCAAGACUUUCCUUACUUAUAGAGCGCGUUAUCUGUAAAUGCUAAGCUGUGGUGCCCGGUUUAAAAAUGGAGGCUGAAUAAGGAUGCAGCUGGUCACAUGAUUUACGUGUGCUCACGUGAUUUUCGCGGGGUGUGACGGGUUAUAUGGCCACUGGAGGGAUGUAUGUGCUGUCAGGAGCUGGAUUUGAGAAAUCGAGUGAGUUGAUAAAAUUGCUGCCUCCUGACUUGUUUGCUGAACUGUGCCAGCAAAGCAUUCAGCAUCUGCAAUGUCUGAACACCGGUGUAGACCAAGCACUACUUUGUCAGAGGUUUCAAGCUGCGGGAGUGGACACCAACGUGGAUGAAGUUAGAAAUGUUCUAAAUGCAGUGAACCAUCUCUUCAGUGCUGCUGCAAAGCACAGACUGUCCACAGAUGCAUUGCUGAACACUGCUGUAAGUCAUUUCAAACUUCCCAAGCAGACUCUGCAGGUUAUUCGCCAUGUGUGGAAUGAAGAGGGGAAAAAGCUGUCCGACACUGAAUGUUCCAGAGGCUUAUUACCAGCUACACAGCUUACUGAUUUUCAGUGGAAAAUUGGAAUGGCCGCCAGUUCAGACAGCUGCAGAUCCCUUAACCACCCUUAUGUCACUGUGGAAUUGAAAGUAGCAGACCAUUCUGGCCAGGUCCAAAGCAAAGUCUUUGAAAUGACGAUUCCAGAGUUUCAGAAUUUCUCCAAGCAGUUUAAAGAGAUGUCAGCAGCACUUGAGAACGUUUGACGCCACAGUCUAGUCUAGUGUGAUGAGAGAUAUGACAGUUCUGUAUAUUCUCAUUUCAUACUACUCAUACUUGGGUAACUUCGGCUUAAAGUGAUCCUGUCAUCCACUAUUACAUCCCCUGAGCAGUGUCACACGCAGGUUUUCCAGACACUGUUCAGAAGCACAGUAUAUCGUAUUUACAGCAACCCCAGGUUUGAUUGACUUCAUAUGGUUGUCGCCAUGGCACUUGGGUGUCAAAAGCAGUCACAACCGGCAGUCAUGCUGAUGCGAUCCCUUGUCCUCGUACUGUGCAGCGGUCUCCUUCACAUGAUCGAGCUACGUUAUUGCUGUAACUUCAGUAGACGCGAGUGGGAGUUACUAAAACAACAUAUCCUGUGGAAGUGUCUAAUGACAAGUCUCUUAACGCAGUCAUCACAUGGGAAACGCAGUCCAGGCAGCAUGUUAUAGAGCAGGAGAAGCUGAGCAGAUUCAUAUAUAAUUUUGUCAAAAAGAAAUAAAAAAUUUGG